AUGACGACGAGCAGCAGCAGCAGCAAGUCGUUCGAGCCCUACUGGCUGCAGGCCGAGGACUGGCACACGGCCGGCGAGCCGUUCCGCAUCGUGCGCCCACCAGCGUCGAUGCUGCCAGAGUCGAUCCCCUCAGUCGCCGACUUCAGGCAUCAAGUCGCAUCGCAAGGUAACCAUCCCCUCAACACUUUGCGCAAGACGCUCUGCCUAGAGCCCCGCGGCCAUGCAGACAUGUACGGCUGCUUCCUCCUUCCGGCCAACGAGGGGGCGCACUUUGGCGUUCUGUUCUGGCAUAAGGACGGUUUCUCCACGGCAUGCGGGCACGGUACGAUCGCGCUCGGAUCCUGGGCCGUGCACCACCAUAUUGUGGAGCCGAAGGAGGGCCUGAACGAGGUCAUCAUCGAUGUCCCCAGCGGACGCGUCAAGGCCGACGUGCACAUGAAGGACGGCAAGGUGGAGUACACCGACUUUGUCUCCGUGCCCUCCUAUGUUCUGAAGCGCGACGUCUCCGUCUUGGACACAAAGGUCGACCUUGCCUUCGCCGGCGCAGUGUACGCCACCAUGCCCUCCCCACUCGUGGUCAGGCCGGAGAACCACGAAGCGCUCAUCUCCUUCGCGAGGCAGAUCAAGGCGUCCCUCGCCCCGAACGAUAUGCGCAUCUACGGCGACUACGAUCUCUACGGCGUCAUCUUCUACGAGGACUUGCCACCAAACUCGCGUGCUGAGGUGAAGGGCGAGGGCGACGCGGUCCGUCAGCGCAACGUGACUAUCUUUGCGGAUGGGGAGCUGGACCGCAGUCCCUGCGGAAGUGGCACCGCGGCGCGCGUCGCCAGCCUCCUCGCCGAGGGCAAAAUGAAGGAGGGCUCGGUCCUCAUCCACGAGAGUAUUGUCGGCACCACCUUCCGCGCUACUAUCGACAAGCCGGCCGAGUCGCCGACAGACUUCCCAGGCUGCGUGGCCCGUGUUCGCGGGAGGGCCAAUCUCGUGGCCAAGUCUGAGUUCUACAUCGACCCCGAGGACCCGGUGUACCCCGGUUUCUGCUUUAGCAACGAUGCCUAG